AUGGCUCUCACGAAGCUAAGUGUCAAGAUGCUUCUGCAGAUGAAACCAGUUGUGAAGGAGCAACAGUUGACAGAGAAAAACAAUGGCUUUCUCCAAAACAUCGAUGUGGCUGAAGGCGCAGUGCAGAAUUUGCUAAGGGAAUUUACCAAAAUGGACCGCAUCUUGGACAGAUCAGAUGAUGAGGACAUUUUCUCUGAAAACUCUCAAACUGACUUCCUUCAUGAUUUGGAGACUAAAAAAUGGGAUAUGUUGGAGCUGGAGGCUGGGCACGACCAGGACCUGCAGAGUGAACAGGAUGAGCAAGAAAGAGAUCAGGUUCAGCAAGAAGAUCCCCAGGCAUCCACAUCUUUGCAGUUUUCAAAGGAGAACAUUCCUGAAUGUCAGGAGAACAUGUUCUUCCAGCCAAACCACUGGACUACAAAGAUGGGUCCACAAGUGAAAGAACUUGGAGCUGAUCACAUAGGCUGGAUGGAAAAAAUUAAAAAUGUUAUACAAAAAAUAAACCUAACAGAAAACACAGUGAAGAGCUUAUUAAGUGAGGUGAUGUCCCUGGAGGACCAAACUGAAAAGCUGAAGUCACACCAGGACCUUGACUCUGAUCAGGGGGCAAACUUCGAGAAAUGUGCACUGAGGAUUUUCAUCAUGUAUGUCCUCACCUUCACUGGACUUUCAUGUUACAUAUUAUUUUUUGAUGCUACGUUUAUCUUUGAAAAGGUGCUCUCUACAAUGCUUGGGUGCUGCAGAAUGUGGGAACUGCGGGAGAUUAUUGCCCCUUUCUUGAAUUUGGAAGUGCAAGACUUGUUACCCUCCUAA